AUGAGCAGUGGAGCCGGAAAGAUCGUGUGCGUGACUGGAGCCUCGGGUUACAUAGCUUCUUGGCUUGUCAAGCUCCUUCUCUCACGUGGUUACACUGUCAAGGCCUCUGUUCGUGACCCAAAUGAUCCCAGAAAGACAGAACACUUACGUGCACUUGGUGGAGCUCAGGAGAGACUUCAGCUGUUCAAAGCAAAUUUAUUGGAAGAAGGUUCCUUUGAUUCUAUUGUCGAAGGCUGUGAAGGUGUUUUCCACACUGCAUCUCCUUUUUAUCAUGAUGUCAAGGACCCACAGGAAGAAUCUCAGAUGGUUCCCCAAUAUAGCAUGUACCAUCUAUCUCCUCUAGAAGGCAUGAUUCAGGCACUUCAUUGCAUUGCAAUAGUGAUAUGCAAUAGGUCAGUUGUGUUUGGCUGUGACUUGAAGCUUACCUGGAAAGGAGAAAAAAGGUAUGGAAACUUACUCCUUUCAGUUGAAGCUGAUGCAGAGUUGCUUGAUCCUGCAGUGAAAGGAACACUCAAUGUUCUUGGCUCCUGUGCAAAACACUCCUCAAUCAAACGAGUUGUUUUAACAUCUUCCGUUGCUGCAGUUGCUUACAAUAGGAAGCCUCGAACCCCAGAUGUAGUAGUGGAUGAAACUUGGUUUUCUGAUCCGGACCUAUGUAGAGAAUCUAAGAAAGUUAAGAGGUUAGCAGAAUAUCAAAUUAUAAUGUGUAGAAAUACAGAGAAAAUAGUGAUGGAGAGAUGCAAGGACAGAAUUGUCUUUACUGUUCUCACAUUGGAUAUGGAAACUCUUUUUGAAGAUGAAGUGAAUCUAAAUGGCAUUAUGAAUCUAUCUUUUAUUGCUUCUGCUAGUAACUUGGAACUUUUUUACUGUACUUUGGCUGAGGAUGCUGCAUGGAAAUUUGCAAAAGAAAAGGGUAUGGACAUGGUUGCAAUAAAUCCAGCAAUGGUAAUUGGCCCUCUCUUGCAGCCAACACUAAAUACAAGUGCUGCAACAAUUUUAAGCCUAAUGAAAGGAGCACAAACCUUCCCCAAUGCAUCUUUUGGAUGGGUAAAUGUUAAAGAUGUUGCCAAUGCACACAUUCAAGCAUUUGAGCUGUCAUCAGCUAGUGGGAGAUAUUGUUUGGUUGAGAGAGUGGCACACUACUCAGAAAUAGUAAAGAUUCUGCAUGAGCUUUACCCUGAUGUACAACUUCCGGAAAAGUGUGCGGAUGAUAAGCCAUAUGUGCCGAUCUUUCAGGUUUCCAAGGAAAAAACAAAAAGCUUGGGUAUUGAAUUCAUUUCUUUGGAAGAAAGCGUGAAGGAAACGGUUGAAAGCUUGAAGGAGAAAGGAUUUGUCAGUUUUUAA